UUCUGGCGGGGUUGGUUCGUUUUUAAUUCAGUCCUGGGUUAAAGGCUGGCGUUAGCAGCCCCUCGUGCGGGCGUGUGUUGCACCUCGCCCGGCGAAGCUGCUGGGGAAUUUAAUGAGUAUUUAAUAGAGGAGAGAGAGCGCUGAGUGUUAGCGGCAGAAAGCUCCUAAUUAUUUCGAUGCUGUGCGUUUGCCGCUGGAACCACUGGAAAGAUGUAAUUAGAAAGCGGGUUUUCAAUGCCUGAAGAACAAACUCAAACUAUAAUGGCAGUCGAUGAACUUCAAGCCAUAAUAGAAAGAUGUCAAAUUCUGGAAGAAGCUGAUUUUAGAGGAGAAGAUUAUGAUCUGUUUCAGGUAGCAGGUCAGAAAUGUUUAGAAGAUGGAUAUGCUGCUCAGUUAUUAGAAGUGAUUCAAAAUGUGAAAAAUAAGGUUAUCAUCAAGAAUAUGGGUUGGAAUCUCAUCUCUCCUCUUGUUAGAUGUAUUUUAGCAUAUAAAAAGGAAGAUGAGAAGCGAGAACACUGCCUGAAGAUACUAGAUCAGUUGGUGCAGCUGUGUAAUCCGAAGGAACUUUUUUUGGGUUUACUUGAGCAGAUUGAACAGACAUCAGGAGAGCAGGUGUGCCAGACUAUCAUGCUACUGCUUCAACCUUUGCAGACAGUGCUUUUGAAGCUUCAGAACAAGAAGGCCUACUCAGUGGGCUUAUCUUUGGCCAUCAUUAUGAAUCAGCUUACUCCCUUGCCUGUACCUUAUACAAAGCAACAAAUACAAGAAGAUAAACUUGGUCUGUGUCAAUGUUGUAAUGCAGUGGUGGACUUUGCUAAACCUUUUGUGAAUGAAGUUGUUAAAAACAUGGAAAAUUCGUCAGAAUUCAAUGACACGGAGCUGAAAGAAGAAUUACUGAAGUUCUGUAUGAAAAGCCUGAAAUACCCAUUAUUGACAGCUCAGCUCGAUCAACUGGAAGGCAUUGAAGAACAUCCAUUUCGGCAUCUUGCAGCUGAAAUUAUAGACAUUUUGCUGGAUAUGAGAGAGCUAAUGCCACUAGUGUUUUUACAUCAUAAAAGCAGAAGAUCAUACUGGGAGAAUCAGGAGUUUGAGGAUAUAGAGCAAAAGAAUUCUGCAGAUUCUUUGGCAUGUCUGUCAUACCUGGUGUUUGUUCAGCAUUUUGGUAUCAAUUGCUUUCCAAUGGUAUUUAGUUCAUCAUACCUUCUCCAGUGCAAUAUGACACAUAUUGAAGUGCUACUGAAAAGAACAGAAGAAUCUAUGUUAUCUAAAGGACUUGAUCUGUUUGAGAGCUGUUUAUUGAGAAUGGAAGAUAAUGGCCUUCUCCAUCAGUAUUUGGAAUUCAGAGAAUUUAUUAAUGUGCCUCAGGAUUUGGUGAAAGUUAUGACCCUUUGUCCCAUAGAGCAUCUGAGAAAGAAGAGUUUGAGUAUUUUGCAAUUGUUCAUAGAUAAAUUUGAAGCAGAGGGAAAAUAUACGUUAUUCAGGUGUUUACUGAAGACAAGCAACCAUGCUGGUGUAGAAGGAUACAUUAUUAAAAACAUAAAAGAUCAGAUUCACUUGUCAUUAAUGAAGGCACACGACAACAUCUGGUUUACAGGACAUCACCUGAUCUCCCUUCUAGAUUUAGUGCUUUUGCUUCCUGAAGGUGCUGAGACAGAUCUUCUCCAAAACUCAGAUAGGAUUAUGGCAUCACUAAAUCUACUGAGAUAUUUAGUCAUUAAGGAUUGUGAAAGCGAUAAUCAAACUGGUGUGUGGACUGCACUUGCCAAGAUUGAGAAGAAUUUUUUAAAACCACUGCAUGUUGGACUGAAUAUGUCAAAAGCACACUAUGAGGCAGAAAUAAAGAAUAAGAAAGAAAACGGGAGAGAGGCACACAGUUCUAACACAAUUUGUUCUUUGACUGUCAGUGGGGAAAAGAUGCCUGCCAUGACUACUGAAAUGCAACUUCAGGUUUUACACUCAGCUCUCUUCACAUUUGAUUUAAUAGAAAGUGUUCUAGCUCGAGUAGAAGAGCUCAUUGAAGUGAAAGUAAAAGCUGUAAUGGAUGAAAAUAUAUAGGUCAACUGAAAUAUCUGAGUUAACAUACCUUUUGCAAGAUCAUUUUGAUCAUUAGAUUUGAGUUGAAAAGAGGGCUAUACCAACCUUUAGCGAGUAGCUUAGAGUGGCCUCUGGAAAAAUCACAAAUCCUGCUCUUCAUAUGUCUGUUUCUGUUUUUCUGUUGGCUUUUUUUUAAACAAAAACAAACUUAUUUUGCUAUUUUUGUCUGUAAUCACAGAGAUGCCCUGUUUACUAAAGUGUUCAUCUUCAGAACUUGGUGUUUUUUCUGAAGUAUAGCACGUAUAUCUACAAGACGUUUUUGUGUUGUGCUGUGGUAAGAAUGUAUGACUGUGCAUUUCUUGUUCUAUUCAUUUUCACAGUAUUUUAGAUAACUUGCUGUCUGAUGAUCUGAAUUAUGAAGAUUUUUAUAAAGUAACAUGGAGAGCUGUGAGUUAAAAAGCACUGUUAAAGGAGUAGUUAUUUUUAUUAGUACUUUUUAAUAUUGACAAACAAGCUUCAAUAUUUACAAACUGGUCUAUAAGCUAUAGAUAAUAGAUAAAGGCAAACCAAACUGGGUUUAAAGAAAAACACAUCAGCCUUGAACCAAGUAAGAUAUUAAAACUCAGUAAAAGAACAGAUAAAACUUGUGUUUAAAAAUGCACUGUAAGGCUUUAUGCACAUGUGUUUUAACCUGGCGAACCUGUAUUUUGAAAUUGUUUUGGUCAUCAUUAUCUCUAAUGAUAUCUUAAGUUUUCCUUAAGAUUUAUUACAUAAUUUGAGAAAUUAUUAUAAACAGAUGAAUGCACACGUUCAGAAUCAAACCAAAUUAUCAGCAUAACGUCUUUUUAGUGCAGUUAAACUACAUUUUUAUUUUGUUAGAAAACAUAUAGGGUAUAAUGUAUACUAUUUUUCACUGUAGAGUUAUUUAAUACAAAUUUGUUUCAAAUGUGUAAAUUGUGUAUAUAGUUUUUUUUAAAUGCAACAGGAUAUUUUAAGAACAUUCUAUAUAUUGUUUAA